UAUCUUACAUUGCAACGAGUACUCGGUUGGUAUUUAAAUUAGUUUUAAUCAACAUAAAAUAACAAUUGAAAACCUGUUGAUUGGGACUAUAACAAUCGGAUGUCAAAGGUCGAAAAUGAAUUUAAAUUAUGCUUUGCGGCUCGUUCUAGAAUAAUGAUAUUUAUUUACUUAUUUUAUGGCUGGAUAACCUGACCUGUUAUACUUGACAUGUUACGUGUUAUUCUUAUCUCUUCACACAACGUCCAUUUUAAAUAGAUUAUAAUCAACAUUCUGUUCAUUAUAAAUAUCACAUGACACGUCUCCAUUCCAUGAGGAUUGCGUGCAUAUUUUUUUUUAAAUAUACUUUCCGGACGUUGACAUGUUUAUAAAAACCCCUCCUCCGUUGUCCGCACUGCAGCGUCAGAUCGAUCGUGCCACCACGCAUGCGCAAAUAACUUACAUUUACGUCAGUGGUCGUAGGACGCGGGUUGGGAGUCGACAUGCCGAAACCGACACCCGUUGAGGACCUUGUAGUCCCUCCGCAGGACACGAAAAUAUGUGGAACCAUCUGUAUAUGUCAGAUGACGGCGGUACUAAGUGCAGUGGCUAUUGUUUACCUCACCGUCGCGAUAUACAUGCCUUACACACGAGCCAUCGCGUCGGGGAUCGAUCCUACCCCAAUCAUGUGUACUACGACGAGGGCGAUCAACAAAGAUAAUUGUGACUGGGGCUCCUGCGGCGAGUGGUGCCUCAGCAAGACGUCCGGAGCCUGCAUCCAGAUCUACGUCAACGUCCGCAAGAAUGGAACGUCCUUACUGCUCUCUGAAUGUGGAAGCGCCGCGAACAAAACCUGCUUCGGUAUCGAUCAGGAAAACGCGAAGAAAUACCAUUGUAUCAGAGACGAAUGUCGAAAUUUAACUGGAACUUUCAACUGCACUGAAGGAAAGUGUAUAAACAUAACAGACGCCUUCGAAUGCGCCUUCAGAGAUACCGAUCCACCAUUAAAGUGUUCAGGUAGAAGAGGGAAAAUAACUUGUAUAGACGUGCAUGGUUUAUUCUCGUGUAACAGAGGCACGUGUAGAAAAAUAAGAACGCCUUACAACUGUGAUCGUAGAUGCGUCGACAUCCCAACCCGCAACAAGAACGUUAUAGUACUAAGUGGGGACAGAGUGUUUCUAGCAAGAUGUGCAAAGUUAGUUCAAGAAGAAAAAUCUGAAAUAGUUUGGACUGAUUCCGGUGAAGAGGUUCUAAUGUUGUCGUGUCACGCGGUACAUAACGGUACUCAAGGGGUCGUCGCCGUCGAUUGUAUUAACGCUGCCUUACUCCCGCGUACAGAUAUCGCGGAUUUAACUAAUUUCACGUAUCUUCAAUAUCUAUACCAGUCUAGAGCUACACCAAACCGUGUCAUUGCGCCGUCCGAAGUAGAAUUAACUUUAGCAAAUGACAGCCGAUUGAUGAUAAACUUAGAAGGCUGUGUGAACACCCUAGCUGAUGAAUGUAAAGAAUUUCUAAAGGAUUACGGACGCGAUGGUACUGACCAUAACGCUAAAGCGCGAUUCCCAUGUUUCUUCAUGGAAAACAGCCCCGACACGGUUGUUGCUCGAUUUGAUUUGGAAACUACAUACCGUCAGUUCCUUGUGGCACUUGUGCUGCCGACUGUACUGGUUGUCGUUUCGUGUAUUACUCUAAUGUUGUGUCAACGGACCGUUGAAGUUGGUGACGAUGCGAAGAUGCGCUUCAAGGGAUGCGCUGGUGGUCAGGCUGAUUUGCAAAUGCAUCCAAACGAUCCUGUUUCUCCACUCUGAGAUCAGU